GUAAACUAAAAUAAAAAUCUUGUGUUAGAAUGAAUACAGUAAAGGAAUUAAGUGAAGUGUCAUGUGAGAAACAAGAGAAUACUGAGAUUGAAAAAGAGAACUCAUUUACGAAUGAAGAACCUCAUUAUAGUGUUGAUAAAGAGAUGGUAAUAAAUUUAUAUAGAAUGAGUUAGUAAGAAGAAUAGUAGGAUGAUAUUUAAUUGUAAAUCUAUUCACCAUAGUAGUUAUUACAGUUUAAAAAACAAAUUCCUGUGAAUUUUGAUGAAUUCAAUUUAGAUGAAGAUCCUAAAAAGAAAGUAUGUAUAUAAUGGGAAAACACUACAGCAGAAUAAUCAGAAGUUCAACCGAUGGGAGAUUUAGAAAGACUAGCAGAAUAAUUGUAAAGAGAAAAUUAAAAGAAAUAUUCUUAUCCAAAGAAUUUGCCAGCACCUUCUAAUGUAGAUAAUCAUUUAGAAGAAUUGAAUAUGCGAUUCACACCUACUUUAAAAUAAGAUGAAUUCAUAUAAACAUAUGUAAAAGGAGAUGAUUUACUAAGAAUCAAAGUUGGAUUAUGUGAAGAAAUUUUGAAUGAUGAAGAAACUUUGAAAUUUGAAGAUUGGGUUGAAUAAUUAUGUACAUCAACUAAUCAUGAAUCUCUUAAAGAAAUGGCAAGGAAAUAAAAGGUAAAAAGAUAUCUAGAAAAAAAACAUAAUCGUACUUAUGAAAAGAAAGUGCAUUAUCAUAUUAGAUAGAAGGUUGCUGAAGAAAGAUUAAGAAUAAAGGGAAGAUUUGUAACUUGGGGUUAAGUAUUUCAUUAAAUUCAUUAUUUAGGCUUUAAAAAUGUUAAAUGAAUAAGAUUAGAAAAAGUCAUGGAGUUAUAAUGAUUAUAUCAAAAUCAAAGGAUUAUUGAAUGAGAAGUUUGGAGCAAUCAAAAGUGAGAAGUCAUUGAAAUUUUGAUUGCUUUAAACCUUUGUGUAUUUAAUAUUAUAUUAAU